AUCCCUUCAGAAAUCGCAACCUUCAAACCAGAGCUCAAUAAUGGCGAGUGGGGAGCAAAAAUUGGGUGAAUUAGCUGAACAAACCUCCACUCUUUCUCUCCACGAAUCCCCACCGCUACUAGCCAAUCUUCCCCAAGAAAUCAUCGAAGAAGUCCUAGCAAGAUUGCCCGUGGAGUGCCUCUUGCGCUUCAGGUGCGUUUCCAAAUCGUGGCUCGCCUUGAUAACCAGCCAUUAUUUCGUGAACACCCACCUCGAUGUCUGCAAGAACAAGCACGAAUCUGGGCGGAACAGGCUUUUCCUCAUCGCCUCAUUCUCUGGGCUGGGUAAGAUCUGUUCCAUUAGCUCCAUAGUUCCUGAGAAUUCCUCUCCCACUUUAAUUGAGCUCAGUCGUUUCUCCAAAAGCCCGUGUAGAUCUCCGAGAAUUCUGGGCUCCUGUAAUGGAUUGCUGUGUUUAUCCACUGUCAAUUUUAAACUGAUUCUUUGGAACCCUUCCACGAGAAAAUCCGUGGAAUUUCCGGAUUCGUUUAUUCAGACGAGUUCUGGGUGUUAUAUUAGAUAUGGGUUUGGAUAUGAUGAACGAACUAAUGAUUAUAAAGUUGUGAAAAUGUUUAGUUUUGAGAAAAAUGGCGGCAGACAUGAGAACAAAGUCAAGGUUUUUAGCUUAAGGGCUAAUUCCUGGACUAUGAUGUCUGGUUUUAGCAGUGCGUAUAUUUAUGGAAAGUGUGGUGUGUUUCUUAAUGGAGCUAUCCAUUGGGAAAUUCGCGACACUGAUGUUUCCAAUUCCAGCACUGCUUCCUGGGAGAUUGUUGCCCUAGAUUUGGGCUCCGAGAGGUAUCGAACCAUGGCGCUUCCGAGCGCUGAGAAUGGGAAAUUCUACUGGACCUUAGGGGUUUCGCGGGGAUGCCUUCUUGCCUGUUGCAUCUAUUACCCUAAGCGGACGCAUCUGUGGGUGAUGAAGGAGUAUGGAGUCGUGGGGUCUUGGACUAAAGUGGCGUCGAUCACUUUGUCUGAUGAUCAUAGGGGCUAUAUCACUGUGUUGCAUAUGACUGAGAAUUGUGAGGAGGUCUUGCUGAAGCUUGGAACCCAGCUCGCCCUUUAUAAUUCGAGGGAUGGAUCGUUUAAGCAUGUCGAGUGUGUUGCCACUCCCCGCACUAUUGAGGUUCAAUCGGCGACCUAUGAUGAGAGCCUCGCAUUGCUGGAUAUGGGCCAUGACGGCCAAAUCUAAGCAGGAAAAGAGAGAACUAAUUAAUGCACUCCGGAAAUCAAGUAUUGUACACUGCCCUAAUAGACAAAGGGAGUGAAGAUGUUCACCAGAGUUAUUGUGCUGUUCGUGAUAAAGAACUCGUAGUCCCACGCUCCUAGAUGCAGAAAACGAAGGUUCUAUCUCAGAAUCACGGUUUUAUGGCAUCAAGAAAGUGCAAGAGUAAGCGCUUCACAGCCCAACCUUACUGCAGAAAAACCAAGAUUCUGCUGACCAAGAAUCUCAAGUUUGCGGCCUCAAACAGGUCGAAAUGCUAAGCGUCUAAAUCGUCAUCCUGUCCUGGAAGUGAUAAAGAAUGUGUGUUUGCUGUUACAUGUUGGAAAUUGUAUAUGAAAUAUGUAUGUAUGUGUGUAUGUAUGUAGUGUAGUGUCAACUUCUGUUAGUAUUCUGAGUUGUGUAUAUUAGAUAUGUAGCUGGAUCAAGUUUAUGUUAUUGUCAUUCAGUGUCCAAUAAUGAGCAAUACAAUAUACUGAUCCAGCAUUCACAUUAGUGUUCAA